CGAAGGAAAUAUAAACACUUCUCAUUUUAACCUAGUUCUCCACGGUUGUGAUGCAAUGCCAGGUAGCAUUGUGGAUACACAGUUAUUAAGUCUGUGUUAGCUUUUUUUCAUUACAUAAGCAUAUGUAAUUAUCGGAACAACCCAAACACCACCCGAUAGAUGCAGAAGCAGUUUUGGGAACUUGUCUGUCAGGACUUCUUAAACUGGUCAUUUGGGUUCUCCAUGAAUGCGAUUUCGUGGCUGCCCUGCUGGCUCCUGGAAAAGGUCAGUUCCUCUUCAGCAACACAGGAAAGACGUUUAAGCUGAUUCAGGAUUACUGACAUUGUGGCAUUGUUGUGUUGGUAUAGGUUUAGGAAAUACCCCCUUUCAGAGGAAGGAACAGCAAGCUUUGUUCUUCAUGGUGUUUUGUUUUUUUUUAAAGCAGAAGAGUUUUGAGCCGAGGGUUUGCAGAAGAUCUUGAAGCUGCCAGCUGCCCUCGCCAUGCUCCGGGCUGUGCUUUGGUUCCAGCCCUUGCUGAAGUGGUUUUCAGGAUGAAUCUGGAAAAACUCAGCAAACCAGAACUACUGACACUGUUUAGCAUCCUCGAGGGAGAAUUAGAAGCAAGAGAUCUUGUCAUAGAGGCUUUAAAGGCCCAGCACAGGGACACAUUCAUUGAGGAACGCUAUGGGAAAUACAACAUCAGUGAUCCACUGAUGGCUUUGCAGAGAGAUUUUGAGACCCUGAAGGAGGGGAAUCAUGGUGAAAAGCAGCCAGUGUGCUCCAAUCCUCUAUCUAUUUUGAAAGUGGUGAUGAAACAUUGCAAGAACAUGCAGGAAAGAAUGUUAUCCCAGCUAGCUGCUGCAGAAAGCAGACACAGAAAGGUGAUCCUGGACCUGGAGGAGGAGCGGCAGCGGCACGCGCAGGACGCGGCCGAGGGCGAUGACGUCACCUACAUGCUGGAGAAGGAGCGGGAGCGCCUCACCCAGCAGGUGGAGUUUGAAAAAUCCCAAGUGAAAAAGUUUGAAAAAGAGCAGAAGAAGCUGUCGAGCCAGUUGGAGGAGGAAAGGGCACGCCACAAGCAACUGUCUUCCAUGCUUGUUGUGGAGUGCAAGAAAGCCACUGCCAAAGCAGCUGAAGAGGGCCAGAAGACAGCAGAACUGAGCUUGAAAUUGGAAAAGGAGAAGAGCAAGGUGAGUAAACUGGAAGAGGAGCUGGCAGCCAAGAGAAAGCGGGGCUUGCAGAUGGAAGCACAAGUAGAAAAGCAGCUCUCAGAGUUUGACAUUGAAAGAGAACAGCUGAAAGCUAAGCUGAACAGGGAAGAGAACCGUACAAAAGCACUCAAGGAAGAGGUGGAGUGUCUGAAGAAAGCCCUGAAGGAGCUGGAGGCUUCUUGCCAGGAGCAGAGUCCUUGUGGGGCUGUGCAUCCCAGCCCGUCGGUGACAUCCAGGGGGGUCACGACUGAGAGUCCUGCAGUGAAGUCUGUGUCGUGCCAGACCGACGGGCUGCAGGCAGAGCGAGCCAGCAGCAGCAGCAGAGCUGCUCAGCCCGGGCCUGCCAGCCCCUCUGCACCUGCUCAUUCCUACUCAAAAUCCAACGGGCACUGUGACACAGACGUGCCGGCAGGGGAGAGCAGCGCCGCAGAGAGCGCGGUUCCCAGGGAGAGAUGUGCUGCAGCCUCCGAGAGCGCCGCGGAGAACGGCAGCUCUCCCGUGAGAACCGAGUCCCCGGUGCCCGCCGCAGCGUGCCUGUCCCCCGGCAGCACCGCCCCCGCGCUCAGCCCCUCGCCCUGCUCCUCCCCCGUGCUCGGCAGGCGCCUGCUGGCAGCCUCGGCCGGCAGCCCCGGCUACCAGUCGCCGUACCAGGUGGGCAUCACGCAGCGCUUCCAGGCGGCGCGGCACCGCUUCCAGGCGCAGGCGGAGCAGGAGCAGCAGGGCGGGGGGCUGCAGAGCCCCCCGGCCCGGGACCUGUCCCCCACGCUGGCCGACAGCGCCGCCAAGCAGCUGGCCCGGAACACGGUGACACAGGUGCUGUCCCGCUUCACCAGCCAGCAGGGCGCCGCCAGGGCCGUGUCCCCCAACAGCUCCCCCUUCGGCACGGACUACCGCAGCCUGGCCGGCCCCCGCGCCGAGCCCGCGCACGCCCCCGGCCCCGCCAAGGUGUCCAGCCCGCUCAGCCCCUUGUCUCCCGGGGUUAAAUCACCCACCAUUCCCCGAGCAGAGAGAGGGAACCCUCCACCCAUUCCUCCAAAGAAGCCCGGCCUGGCUCAGUCCCCUGCUGCUGCUGCCCCGCUCACCAAACCCCCCCUGGGCGCCCCCACGGACGUGGCCAGCAGCUGCUCCAGCAGCACCGUCCUGUCAAACGGCAAAGACCUGGACAUCCUCCUGCCCAGCAGCAGCUAGUCUCCAGAAAAUGGGAAUGUGACAUUCCACAGCUUAGCUAACCCUGCAGCUAAGACACUGUUUUUCCACUCCAUGUUAUUUAUUUCCAUAGUAGCAGAUUCUGUCUGUAUAAAACAUUUAGUAUAUAUUUUUUUUCUUUUUAAUAGGUAGGAAAAUAUUUUUGUUUAUGAAGAAACCUUAACUACAGCUAUACAGUAGCCUCCAAAUGUCUCAUGGCAGCAGUCAAAUCAUUAGAGAUAACAGCCAUAAUCAUGUGGUGGGACCUACAACCUCUAAUGGGACUGAAAUGCGACUUUUAAAUUAUGCAGAAAUAAUUUUUGCAGACUUUUUACUCCAGAUGAACAUUUUAUAAAAGUGCCUGAACUAAGCCUGCAAUAUGAAUGUGAUUCUCGGGAAAAGGUGAGGAGGGGAACAUCUAGCUGCAGAAACAAAUUCUUCUGAGUCCUGAAUGUUGAAACCAGCACUGGUUUUCCUUUUAAUUCUUUCCAUUUGCUGAGAUGAGUUAGCAGAUGUGCUACAAAUUCUGCAAGGUGGCCAGCAGACUGUGCAGCCAGCCAGGCUACGUCCUUCAGGACAUAGCUCCCACUAUUUGAGGAAGCACACAUGAGUUUCUUGGGGUAAAAUUUAGUUGUGAUAGCACCCAGAUCAUUUCUCUGUCAGUAUUCCUUGUCCAUAAAGUUCUGCUUUCCUGCCGAGAUGCCUGUGUGCUUUAACGCCUAAACUCUGGUUUCUGGUGGAUCACCUGGAAUUUUCAAGCUCUUCAAGCAUUCUACUGCUGUGUGUAGAACUUCUGAGAAAAGGAUCUUGCUGUUACUUGAGAAAGAUCUCACUAUUACUUGAAAAAGUAACUCAUCCAUACAAUACAGGUUUUUUCAACACCUGUAGCUUGGGAUCUUCAACUUUAAACAGAAGCAAUAAUUUUGUUCCUCAUCUGUUGCUGGCUAUCCUUGGCUGCAAAUACAGAACCAAGUCAUUGCUGCUGUGGAAUUAAGUAUGUAGAUCUGUGUGUGUGUAUGUCACUCACAUAUGUACUGAACACAGUGUGUUAGGGAAAUAUUGAUCUCUUCUUGAUCCUCUGCCUCAUAUGAAGAAAAUAUGGCAAUUCACUGAGAUUUUAAAAAAUUCCUCAGUGAGGAAUUGCUCAAGUUUGAGGCAGAUUAUGUGUGUGGAGAAGUAUUUGGACCCAGGAGAAACAGCUGAUGCCUGUGCAGAAAUGUUUGCUGCAAGAAAACCAAGGGGCACAGCACAGUGGUUUUCUGAGUCAGUGUGCUGAGAAAUACAGGACAAACAGCACAGAUCAGUGGCAGAGGCUGAGAGCACGACCCUGAGUUAAUGAUCUCAGGUGUUGGAUGUGAGCUGAUCCUAAAUUUAGAAACUGGACUUGCUGCUCGGUGUGGUGCAGCCCUGAGCACUUCCCUUGGGAGGGUGGUGUUUGCUCCCAGACACAUUCUCCUCUGCCAUUCUCCCUGUGCCACUGGGCAGGGUCUCUCUGCUGGUUCCUAAUCCAGUGGAACAGUUUGUGUGUUAACAGCAGGGGCACAAAGGCAGCCAGAGCUAAAUGGGCAAUGACUCUUUUGGAAGCACAUUUAUUACUUUUUUAACUAAGUGUCUGUGGCAGGCUUUUUCCUCUUGCUGAGAGUUAAUGUAAAAAUGGAUGGGCAGAUGGAUUUUGCCCCAUGUAUCCCUUCUGGUUGAAAAGUGAGGCUUUUGUAUACACUGCUUUAAUGAGUUUCUUUGCUUUUACAUUAAUCUGACUGGUAUUAUCCCCUUUCUUUAUUGAUAGCCCUAGAGAGAGAUACUAUGAUGAAGUCUAAUAGGAAAUGCACUGAGUACUGUUUCUUCUGAAAUAUAAUAUGGGAAGGGGUAUGCAAAAGAAUGUAUUUUUGCUAGCAGACUAACUUCUGAAAGAAACUAAGCACAAGGGAUUAAAAUUAAUCCAAUUAAUUCAGUAAGACAUUUAGAGUUAGUAUUUAACUGUUGAUGUAGAUUCUGUGUGGAAGCAACUAAAUAUUUCUUCUCUAACUCACAUGUCCUAAGCAGACAUUGUUGCAGAGUUUGUCACUGGCUAAUGGAGUAUAAUGAAGUGCAAAACAUAUAACACUAGUAUUAAUUCAUUAACACUUGUAAAUUUGUAAAGCCAAAUGUACCAAGCUGAAGUCUUUAAUCAUUUUUAUAGCUGAUGGCAUUAAACAUGUUAAACAUUCAUAUUAUCAAUAAAGGAUUUUAUUUUUAA